AUGAUCAAUCACCCCUUUACUGUGAACAUGGUGGGAACGUUCCUGGACGACUACUACUUGUACAUAGUAAUGGAAUACGUGAUAGGGGGAGAGUUCUUUACUUUAUUAAGAAAGCUGCGCCGCUUCGACAACGAGGCGGCAAAAUUCUACGCGGCUCAGGUCACCUGUAUCUUUGAAUACCUUCACGGAAGAAAUAUCAUAUAUAGAGACCUGAAACCGGAGAACUUGUUGGUGGAUUCCGAAGGAUAUCUGAAACUGACGGAUUUCGGUUUUGCAAAAGUAAUAGAGCACCGCACGUACACCCUAUGCGGCACGCCAGAGUACAUUGCUCCGGAGGUUCUGCUGAAUAAAGGCCACGGUAAACCUGUUGACUGGUGGACUAUGGGUAUUUUAAUUUAUGAAAUGAUCGUCGGCUAUCCUCCUUUCUUCGAUGAUGAACCCAUGGGGGUCUACCAAAAGAUACUGGGCGGCCGCAUCGUCUUUCCUAAAUCCUUUGAUAGGAAUGCAAAGAUGCUAGUGAAGCGGCUGCUGACGCCAGACCUAGCGAAGCGGCAACAAAUAUGCUUUGACUGCGUUGCUGAAACCCUCGAGAAGCAUUUACCCCCAACUAGGAAACUGAGUUUUAUUGAAGAGGUUUUGCUCGCCUUGCAGCAACUGCCUAUGAACACAUCUUCCCGUGUUAGUCAUUACCUCUUGCACUCUACAACUUUCGUCGAGUCUACUGAUCCAGAGCUGUGGGGGCGGCUGGUUGCUGCUCUCCCUGCUGCCUUGAAGACAGCAGCACCUGAGGCAGAGCUGAUCCUAUGCAGCUUCUCUUCUUUGCUGCAGCCAGGAGGAGGCUGUAGCGCGAGUGCUGCUGUGUCGCUUGUUUCUUGUUGCUUGCAGCGUGUUGCAGCAGCACUGCGGCUGCUGCCUCCUACCCAUCCGCUGCUGCAUCUGCUGCUGCAGCUCGUCUUCGAUUGCCUUCGCCUGCCACUGCUCAGCAGCGACUGCCUCGCACACGACAGCAACAAGUUGCUGCGGCAGCUGGGGGAGACGUUUCAGGCUGUCUUUGCUUCUGAAGCAGCAAAGCCGCAGGUGCAGCGCCUGGCGCUGCAGCUGCUGCAGCAGCUGUUCACUAUCUAUGAAGAAAGCUGCAAAGAGAUAUUCAUUGAGGAUAUAUGCAUCGUCGACUGGCUGCUAGAAGCAGCAAGAAACGGCAAAGCUGUUGCAGAAGACGCAGUACACUGUCUGCAGCAGCAUAUUUUCAAUUCUCCUGCUUUCCUUCAGCAUCACCUCGACACCACCAAGCAGCUGCGCCUUCGCGCCUUCGCUUCGAUGAUAUUGCUGAGGGCUUAG